AUCAAUUUUAUUUACGGACAAAAAAAUAAUUUUACGGUGACUUUUGGUUUUAAGGAAAGGCAAACAGAAAGGGAUUGGUUGUGUUCAUCGUGCGACUACGAGGAAGAAUUAGGGUUUUGUUAUUUUGAGAAUUAGGGUUUUUGAAUUUGUAAUUGCAAUCACCAUAACCAUUCACCACCAGAUCCAUCAACUUCAUCACCAUAACCAUCACCAUCACCAUCACCAUCACCAUCGUCUUCUUCUGCUCACUCCAUUUAUCUCUCGCCAUGACGGACGGCUUCUGGAAUCGACAGCAGCCGUUUAUUCCUUCUUCCGGCAUGCUCAAAAGACCUCGUACUGAAUAUGAUAUUUCACCUUCUGGUCUAACCUCAGGUAAUGAGAUACAUAAUUUUAUUGCUCGAGGCGAUGGUCACCAAAUGGUAAAGGACACUAAAACAAUAGGGUCUGCUUAUGACCGCUACCUUCAGAGUGCGGGGCUUACUUCAUUUAAUUCUGGGGAAGCUAGUGUAAUUGGUGGCGUUGGAUUGGCAAGGGGUGUUGGUGGAAUGCCAGGCCAUUCUCUAGGUGAUCCUACUGUCAUGCAGCAUCCUGGUGGUGGCCCUGAUCUUGCACGAAAUGGGCGUAAUGCCAAUUUUGGUGGUCAGUUACCUAUAAAUGCAAUUUCCAGGCCUGGACCUGAGACAAUACCACUACCCCCAGAUGCUUCAAGUACUUUAUAUGUUGAAGGGCUCCCAUCUGACUGCACAAGAAGGGAAGUGGCUCAUAUUUUUCGCCCUUUUGUCGGAUAUAGAGAAGUGAGACUUGUGACCAAAGAAUCCAAACAUCGAGGUGGAGAUCCUUUAAUCCUAUGUUUUGUAGAUUUUGCAAAUCCGGCAUGUGCAGCAACUGCUUUGAGUGCCUUGCAAGGUUAUAAAGUUGAUGAACUCAGUCCUGAGUCCACUCACUUGCGGCUUCAGUUUUCUCGGUCUCCUGGCCCUAGAAGUGGACUUGGACCUCGCGGCAAGAGGUGAGCUGGCUUACUUAGGGCUUUUAGGUUGUAUGCACACAUAGCCUAGACAGGUUGAGAUCAAACUACAAUUGCAUUUGAGCAAAACAAACAUAGUCUUUUAUGGAAUGGUCAUAGCCAAUUACCCUGUUGUAUAAAUAUUUAUAGUAUAAAUCCGAUCUGCAGUUUUUGCCUUUUGUUGGUUAAAUAAUGGUAUCAUUGUAUUGAUUUUGUUUUAUAGUUUCAAUAGUAUGGUAAGAUUUCAAAUUGGAGUA